AUGUGGGGCCUGGAGGCGGCGCUGCUGCUGCUGGUGGCCGCAGCCGCAAGUGGCGCGGCAGCCCAGGGUGGCGAUGCACAGGAGCUGUGCUUCAACCAGCUGCAAGUCCUGGGCUCCCACAACAGCUACCACCUGGCUCCGCCUGCGGAGCUGCUGGCUGCGCUGGGCGGGCUGGCCGACGGCCCGCUGCUCGCCUGGCAGUCCAGCCAGGCGACGCUGACGCAGCAGCUGGAUGCUGGGGUGCGAGCCCUGGAGCUCGACGCGUACUGGGAUCCUCAGGGGGGCGCCUACGCACAGGCUGCGGGGCUGCGCAUCGCGGGGCAGAGCGGGUGGCUGACAGACCCCAAAUACCAGCAGCCCGGCUUCAAGGUGCUGCACGUCCCCGACUUUGACUUCCGCUCCUCCUGCAUCCUGCUCAGCGAGUGCCUGGAGGAGGUCCGGAGGUGGUCGGACGCCAACCCGGGACACCUCCCCAUCCAGAUACACAUCGAGGUCAAGGAGGGCGGGCAGGUGGAGGAGGCGCUGGGCGAGCUGCUGAUGGGGCUGCUCCUCAACCUGCUCAAUACGAGCUCCGCCGAGGGUCCCACCACCCUGGCCCAGGCCCCUGCAUCCAGCCCCCAGCUGUUCCUGGAUCUCCAGGCGGAGCUGGAGGCCGCGUUUGGCGGCGCCCUUCUGACCCCCGACGACGUGCGGGCGGCGGCGGGGGCAGCCGCGGGCGCCGACCUGCAGCAGCUUCUGCUGGCGCCGCCCGGCACCACGCCCUGCCCCUGGCCCAGCCUGGGGUCCAUGCGCGGCAAGGUGCUGGUGAAGCUGAUCCAGUAUGGCGACAGCGGGCUGGCGGCGCACCUGCAGCAGGUGUACCCAGACCUGAGGGGCUGCCUGGCCUGGGUGGAGCAGAACGGGCGGCGCCCGCUGCCCCAAGCCGCCUUCCGCGCCACCGCCGUCUGGCGCCUGCAAGACGACGCCACCGCCCUCAGCCUGGCCCUCCCCGCCAACGCCUCGGGCCUGGUGAACGACAUGGCGGCCGCUGUGCGCGACAUGCUGCAGCAGGGGUUCGUGGUACGGGCCCGUACCGACGCAGAUACCGUGGAGGCGAGGUCCGGGUUUGCGGGACGGCGGGACGCCAUCAUCGCCGCCGGCGCGCAGGUCGUGGCCUCUGAUUAUGUGUAUGGGGCGCCUUCCCCCGACCCCAGCCCUGCGGCAGGCAGCGGGAACGGCAGCAGCGGGAACAGAAGCGCCAGCGGCGGCGCGGGCCUCGACGCCGGGUACAGCGUGCAGCUGCCCGGCGGCCUGCCGGGGCGCUGCGUGGGCAUCGGCGGCGGCGGCGGCAGCGAGGGCGCCGGGGCUGUCCAGGCGUACACAGCGGUGGAGGGUGCCGGCGGCGGCGGAGAGGACGCCAUUUACUGUGGCCCGCUGCUGGUACAGGCGUCUGCCCCAGAGGACGCAGGUGCUGUCGCUGCUGCUGCCGACAGUGCUGCGGGUAUCGGCGGCAGCGGUGGCAGCAGCAGCACAGGCAGCAGCGACCCGCUGCCGCAGCCGGUCGUGCAGCAGGAGCGGGCGUCGAACGGCGGCGCCGACGCCGGCAGGCUCUCGGCUCUCUCAGCUGUGGCCCUGCUGGGUGCUGCGGCGGCGGCAUUUGCAGCCAUGGCGUAGCAAAAACCGUUGCAUUAUCAAGGAUCGUCAUUCAUCAAUGACCGUGCUAUUCAACUUAUCUGUGCCGCAGCCAGCUUACUGGCCGCAUGGCGCAGGACUUCCUGCAGCCCAGCAUGCAGCCCCAUUCUUUUAUUCUUCCCGAUUCUAUUCCAUGAUGAAUUGUCCAUAAUGACACUGAACAAGCUGAG